AUGGCAGUACAAAAUUCUAAAUUUCUUAGCAGUAGUUUCAACUCUGCCUUUGUGCCAACUAGCGCUUAUUAUCAGCACUUGAGCGCCGCCUCGGCCGCUUUAGCCGCCUAUGAAGGCUGGACACACUUGGAUUUACUGUCGCCACAACUAAAUCAAUCAUCGCACACGACCAUCGAUGAGGCAUUGCAAAUGCACCAUUUAAGAUUUCCCACACCUCCAACAACGCCACCAUAUAAUAAGGACGUAUACAAAUUACCUGCCAGUACACAAACUCCAAACAUACGCACACAAUCGGUCAUUAUGAAAAUCGGACAAGAUCAUUUGGAUCGUAAUAUGCCUCCAACACCAGAACAUAUCGACGAUAUGGCAGUGGACAUAAUUGGUUUGGAAGACACAACAAUAAGCACAGAAAUGCAUCGACAUGAAUUGAUGACAAUGACCACGUCUACAACCAGCAGCGCCAGUUCGACCCCAAAACGCAGUGAAUACGUCUGUGAAUGGAUAGAUUGCGGCAGAGAUCAUAAUACCCUCGAAUCAUUAGCCGCCCAUGUGACCAAAGUGCAUGCCGUAGCUUCACCCGUCGAUGGUUUAUACUAUUGCCGCUGGCAUGGAUGUACACGAGUGCGCGGAUUCUCGGCGCGUUACAAAAUGCUGGUCCAUGCACGCACUCACACUAAGGAGAAACCUCAUCAAUGUCAUUUGUGCACAAAGAGUUUCUCACGAGCAGAAAAUCUCAAGAUUCAUAUUCGUUCGCAUUCAGGCGAGAAACCAUAUCUGUGUACCUAUGAAGGUUGUAACAAGGCCUAUUCAAACUCUUCGGACCGCUUCAAACACACGCGCACUCAUGCUAUGGAUAAACCAUAUAUGUGUAAAGUACCCGGUUGCCAAAAACGCUACACAGAUCCCUCAUCACUGCGAAAACACGUGAAAACUUUCAAACAUGCUGUCCAAUUAAUUGGCACCGCUGCUAUAACACCCGUUCAGAACCCCAUUAUUGAUGCACAAGCGGCAUCAGCAGCACAGGCUGCUCUACAAACACACAUGCCCAGCACAAUGACAUCUUCAGCACUGAAUGCAGUUUUAGUGGCUAGAAGUCACCAUGUACAUGAUGAUCACUAUGCGAAGGACUACAGCGACGCUGCAAUACCAGUUUGUCAGCUCUGUGUGCCGCCGCCGCCACCACCUCACUACUACCUUAAUGCUAUGGAGGAGGAUGUUUGCAAUAUCAAGUCAGCUCAACUCGAUUAUUAUUACGCCACAACAAGUCAAUUAUCGACAGGCAGUAGCACUGGAUCCAGCAACAGUUGGAAUUCCAAUGCACAUGGCGCUGAGAGUCCUGUGCGCACCAUGGAGUUAGAAACACCAUUAGACUUGCGGGUUAAUCGCAGUUGAAUAUGAGAAUUAACGGUAGUAAUAAAAUUUAGUUGCAUAAAUAUUUAUUCUAGACUUCUAAGCGGAUGACAUAGGAGAGUAGUAGCGGAGAAUCAGUUGUGGAUUCUUGUCGAAAAAUGUAAUAUUUUCGACAACGUAUCAUAGAAGAGAUAAAAUAAGAAUUAAACAGUGCCAACUCUAGUCUGCUUAAUUAAUUAGAUUUGCUAAUUAAAUAUUGUAUUUGUAUGAGUACUUGUUAUUGAAUGAGUUUUUACCAAGACUGCUUUAUUUAAACCAAAAAAGAUGACUUAAAUAAAGAACUACUUAUUAAGAAUUAUACACAA